AUGCAUCUCGCCAAGGUCGCAGCCGCCAUCGUCAGUAUGGCACUCGCCAGUGCUGCGCAGAGCGACGACCUCGUCUCGGCCUUCAACAUGGUCAACCAAGCCAGGGGCGAACGACUCGUCAAGCCGCUUUCGUGGAGCCCCGACCUGGCCGCCUACGCGCAGCUCUGGGCAAACCUCAUGGCCAGCGGCCAGGUGCCUUUCCAGCACGCCGCCGGAGCCUACCGCCCAUCACAAGGCGAGGUUCUCUACGUGCAGGAGGCCUCGGACUGCCACCCAUCGUACGAUGCGCCGUUUCAAUCGGCCAUGCACGCCUGGCUUGCACAGGCGCCGCUGUAUGACAACAAGCCGAUCACGACAGGCCACGAGCCAUGGCUUCACUGGUCGCAAUGCAUGUGGUCCGGAUCGACGGAAAUCGGAUGCGCACGCGCCUACAGCAUCUCGGAUGCCUACAAGGUCUAUGUCGUCUGCCGUUUCAGCCCCGAAGGCAACGUUGCUGGGCAGAAGCCGUUUUAUUAG